ACCUUUGUGCUUGUCCAUUCCCUCUUGUCCCGAGGCGUCCCGCUCCACUCAUACAAGCCGACUGUCCCAAAAGUUUUCAGACAAGAGCGAUGACCCUCUCGCAGCCGCCGGCAGCGUCUCCCGCUCCCGUGAGGCCCGCGCUCGCUUCGUUAAGCCUCGGAAAACACACGACUGGGUCGGAUAGCGACGGCCACGCACUCCACGUCCUCUCCCACUCUGCACAAUGUGGCAACUCGCGCUUAGGAAUAAAGUAAAUCACCGAGGAAGCCGAGUGGACGUUCGAAGAGGCUAACCAGCGGCAGGAAUAGGAGCGAGUGUGCUCACAACAACCGCUCAAAGUGCUCCCUCGCCCCGCUUCCAUUCGGCGAGAGUACAGCCUCCUCCUUCCCGGAGCGCCAGAUCCAUGCGGGCGGCCGCAGCCCUCUCGCUGGUGCCGGGGCGGGGUGUGGGGGGCCUCGAGGCUUUGUUCUCCCGCGGACGGCAUCCGGCUGCGUUGCCGUGGCUUGGGGAAGGACUUCGCGGCGUGGCACGGCUCCCCCCGUGGGCUGUCUUGAGGAUUGUUGACGCGUUAAAAAUGGCUGCUAUCUGAAAAGGCGAGAAAGGCAGAGAUAGCGAGCGCUCACUACUCAAUGCUGGGACGCUGCGGAUAAGCUAAACAGGCUAACAGAUGAUGCGUUAGCUCUGGGCUAACUUAGCUUUAAAAGCCCCUUUCCAUCCAUGUUUGACUCUUUUGCUCGCUUUUCCCUACACUAAGUGAUUAUUAUCUUUGUUUUUCGCUUUGUAUGCAGUCCGGAUUUAAAUAUGCAGAACUUUUUUAGUCCCACUUGAAGCACUGUCCUAAAGAUCCUUUCUCGGUUAUUCGGGUCGAUUCCCAAAAUGGAUCCGACUGGGAGAUACUUGGUUGCCGUGUGGGUCCUGGUCCACUUGGUCGUGUUCGCCGGCGCCUCGCCGCCCAAAGGCUGUGACAAGUCGUGUCUGUCCGGGAAAUGUCUCAACGGGUCCUGCGUGUGCGAGCCAGGAUGGGUGGGAGACCAGUGCCAGCAUUGCCAGGGCAGGUUCAGGCUGACCGAGUCAUCGGGAUUCCUGACGGACGGUCCGAUCAACUACAAGUACAAAACAAAGUGCACCUGGCUUAUCGAGGGCUACCCGAAUGCUGUGCUUCGCUUGCGCUUCAACCACUUUGCCACGGAAUGUAGCUGGGACCACAUGUACGUUUACGACGGAGACUCCGUAUACGCUCCCCAGGUUGCUGUUUUCAGCGGCCUCAUUGUCCCGGAGGUGCGGGGGAACGAGACCGUCCCCGAGGUGGAGACGACGUCGGGCUAUGCGCUGCUGCACUUUUUCAGCGACGCUGCCUACAACCUGACAGGAUUUGAAAUAUUCUACUCGAUCAAUUCAUGUCCCAACAACUGCUCGGGCCACGGGAAGUGCACGCCGGGCAACUCGGCCGCCAGCCGUGUGUACUGCGAGUGUGACAAAUACUGGAAGGGGGAGGCCUGCGACAUACCGUACUGCCGCAACAACUGCGGCAGCCCCGACCACGGCUACUGCGACCUCACCGGCGAGAAGCUGUGCGUUUGCAACGACAGCUGGCAAGGCCCGGACUGCUCCCUCACCGUGCCGUCCACAGAGUCGUUCUGGGUGUUGCCCAGCGUCAAGCCCUUCGGCACGUCGCUGGGUCGAGCCUCCCACAGGGCCGUGGUGCAGGAUAAGGUCAUGUGGGUGGUGGGCGGCUAUACCUUCAAUGUCACCUCCUUCCAGAUGAUCCUUAACUACAACCUGGAGAGUGGCAUUUGGAACACAGUGCCCAUCAACAGCGGCCCCUUGCCCAGAUACAGCCACUCACUCGCCUCAUACCAGGACGACAUCUACAUGUUCGGCGGGAAGCUGGAGGCCGGCUGGGCGAACGUGACGGACGAGCUGUGGGCGUUCAACAUUCCCUCUCGCACGUGGCAGCGGAGGAACCCUGUGGCGGGCCCGCCCGCUCAGGCGCAGAUGUACGCAGUGGAGGGCCACACAGCGCACUGUGUCAUCCUGGACGACGGCGAGGUGGUCAUGCUCGUCAUCUUCGGCUACUCGCCCAUGUACAGCUACGUCAGCAACGUUCAGGAGUACAAUCUGAGGAGCAACACUUGGAUCGUGCCAGAGACUAAAGGAGCCGUUCCGCAGGGAGGUUACGGCCACACCAGCACGUAUGAUCGAGCUAGCGGCAGCGUUUACAUCCACGGCGGGUACAAGGCGCUUCCCGCUAACAAGUUCGGCCUGGUGGACGACCUCUAUCGCUAUGAUGUCAAUACACGGACAUGGUUCAUCCUGCGAGAGAGCGGCUUCCCCCGCUACCUGCACUGCGCCGUGCUCCUCAGCGGCACCCUGCUGGUCUUCGGCGGCAACACGCACAAUGACACGUCGCUAAGCAACGGCGCCAAGUGCUUCUCGGCUGACUUCCUGGCGUAUGACAUCGCUUGCGACGAGUGGAGGAUCCUGCCGAAGCCCGACCUGCACAGGGACGUCAAUCGCUUUGGACACUCUGCGGUGGUCAGCAACGGGUCCAUGUUUGUGUUCGGCGGCUUCGCCGGCGUCCUGCUCAACGAUGUGCUCGUGUACCGACCGCCCAGCUGCCAGGCCUUCUCCACGGAGGAAGGGUGCGCCAAUGCCGGCCCGGGGGUGCGCUGCAUCUGGAGCAGAGGCCGCUGUCUGCCCUGGGAAGCCAAUAUGCGCACAGAGAGCCUCACUCCUGCUGAUUUUUGCCCACCAAAACCAGCUGUCGUCGACGAGCGAUGCUACCGCUUCUCUGACUGCGCCAGCUGCACUGCCAACACCAAGGGGUGCCAGUGGUGUGAUGACAAGAAGUGCAUCUCAGUCUGCAGCAACUGCACUGUUAACGUGAGGAACUUCACUGCGUGCCCCGUGCGCAACGAGCAGCUGUGCAGCAAGCUGGCCAACUGCAAGAGCUGCUCGCUGAAUGUCAACUGUCAGUGGGACCACAACCAGUCCGAGUGCCACGCUCUGCCAGCCCAGCAAUGCAACGAGGGCUGGAGUCAGGUGGGUGAGGCCUGCCUGCGGAUCAACUCCAGCCGCGAGAGCUACGACAACGCCCAGCACUACUGCAAGAAUCUCCACGGCAACAUUGCCUCGCUCACCACCGCCAAGCAGGUGGAUUUUGUUCUGGACGAGCUAAAGAAGUUACAGCAGCAGGACAAGCGUUUGUCGCCCUGGGUGGGCCUGAGGAAGAUCAACGUGUCGUACUGGGGCUGGGAGGACAUGUCUCCUUUCACCAACAGCAGCCUGCGCUGGCUGCCCGGUGAGCCCAGCGACUCCGGUUUCUGCGCCUACCUGGAGGAGCCGCAGGUUUCGGGCCUGAGGGCCAACCCGUGCACCGCCACCGCACACGGCCUCAUCUGCGAAAAAGCCACCGGAAACCCCAGUCAGAGCUCCCGCCCCCCCUGCAGGAAGCCAUGUUCGCUCCACACCACCUGUGCCAACUGCACCAGCCAGGCCAUGGAGUGCAUGUGGUGCAGCAGUGUGCAGCGCUGCGUGGACUCCGCCGCAUAUGUCAUCUCCUUCCCCUAUGGCCAGUGUCUGGAGUGGCAGACGGGGGACUGCUUAGCCCAGAACUGCUCGGGUCUGCGGACGUGCGGCCAGUGCCUGGAGCAGCCCGAGUGCGGCUGGUGCGGUGACCCCAGCAGUACGGGGAAGGGCCUGUGCACGGAGGGCUCGUACAGGGGGCCCGUGAAGAGGCCCGCCAAGCAGGGCCAGUCCCACGACAUGAGCCUGGAGCCGGGCAUCUGCCCUAAAGACAAAGGCUAUGAGUGGACCUUCAUUCACUGCCCCGCGUGCCAGUGUAACGGCCACAGCACGUGCGUGAACGGCAGCGUGUGCGAACAAUGCCGCAACCUGACCACUGGUCCUCACUGCCAGACCUGCAUGGCUGGGUACCACGGCGACCCCACAAAUGGCGGCAAAUGUCAAGCCUGUAAGUGCAACGGCCAUGCGAGUAUGUGCCAGGUGCAAACUGGCAAGUGCUUCUGCACCACCAAGGGCAUCAAAGGGGACCAGUGCCAGCUGUGUGAUUCAGAAAACCGUUACCUUGGCAAUCCACUAAGAGGAACCUGUUAUUACAAUCUGCUGAUCGACUACCAAUUCACCUUUAGUCUCAUCCAGGAAGACGAUAAUCACUACACGGCCAUCAACUUCAUGGCCUCACCCGAACAGGCCAACAAGAACUUGGACAUGUCUAUUAAUGCCUCCAACAACUUCAACCUCAAUAUCACCUGGUCUGUGGGAUCGACAGCUGGUACCAUCUCAGGUGAGGAGGUGCCCAUCGUGUCCAAGACCAACAUCAAGGAAUACAGAGACAGCUUCUCCUGUGAGAAGUUCACCUUCAGGAGCAACCCCAACAUCACCUUUUAUGUCUACGUCAGUAACUUCUCGUGGCCCAUCAAGAUUCAGAUUGCCUUUUCUCAGCACAACAGCAUCAUGGACCUUGUGCAGUUCUUUGUGACCUUUUUCAGUUGUUUUCUGUCGCUUCUCCUGGUGGCAGCAGUGGUGUGGAAGAUCAAGCAGACCUGUUGGGCUUCGCGUCGGCGAGAACAACUAAUGAGGGAGCGUCAACAAAUGGCCAGUCGUCCUUUUGCUUCGGCUGCCAUCGUGCUGGACGCUCGAGGAGGAGAGCAAAUGGAGAUGCUGCAACCGAUGGCCGACGGCGCGCCCAAACCCGUCGCCGUGGAGCCGUGUUCCGGAGGCAAAGCUGCCGUGUUGACGGUCCUCAUGCGGCUGCCGUCGGGACCCACCAACUUGCCGCCGCCCGGCCAAUCAGGCUUGAUCGUCGCCAGCGCGCUGAUCGACAUUUCCCAGCAAAAAGCAUCCGAUUUUAAGGAGAAGUCGCAGGGGUUAAAGAAUCGAAAGGCCGUGGCGCCGACACACCAAGGCACUUGCGUCUGAGCGCCAUCUUCUGCGGCCUCAACGCUCCGAACCGUCGCGGGUUCCUCGCGGACGACGUUCCUGAGACGAGAGACGUCGACGCAGAGGAGAGCCUGUUUGGCUGUGACAAUAUAAUUCCAGGGGACAGAAGUGAAAAGCCCUCAAGUGCAACCAUACUUGACUUUUCCCGCGACGAAGAACUUUGAAGAACCCGCAGGACCGAAAAGGAAACGGAGGAUCUUUGUUUCAAGCUUCACUCGUUUGUGUUUAAAAGCCUCCUCGUUCCUUUUGCUCAGCAUGAGUGAAAACGCUAAUCGCUAUGCAGUUCAUUUCAAGCUAAAGCUGGCCGAAGCCUGUUACAUGCUGCCUAUUGUUUAUUAUUGUCCUUUUUGUUUUUGUAGUUUGUGUGCUUUUUUGCACGUCAGCAAGUGUUUCACGGUGCUAAAAGCUCCACCGGUUUCCCGCCUGAAAUCUACGCACUACAAUCGCACCGAUAGCCGAUCUCUUUUAGCAUUUAAUGUACAGACAAAACUGGAAAAUCUUGUCUCCAUGUUCUGUUUGGUUGCUUUGGCCUCACAUUUGGCACACAGGGCGACGUUAUACACUUGAAGCAGGGACAUUUUGCUCCUAUGGCUGAGUUUGUUUUCUAUGACUUUAUUCCCACAGUUACCUUUUGUAUUGCCGGACGAGAGCAGAGGGCAGAAUUUUCAAAGCUGUACAGUGUUUGCUUUUAAACGAACUUAAGUAUUUGUUACUCUCCUCCUCUCUUGAUAUUUCCCGUCAUUUGUCCGCUUUCUAAGACAGAUUGGGCCAGAUGUUUUCCUUUAUCCCGUAUUAUAUUUACACACACAAUUGUGUAGAAGCGCAUUUCUGUUGUUUUGAUAUUUAACAAGAUUCCUGUGUAAUCGCACAUUUUGACCGUGAGUUUUUUUUUUUUUUUUUUAAAUGCUGUUUAUUUUUUAAACCUCUUGGGCAUUGUUAUUGCAAAAAUGGUCAAUAUGUUGCAGCUCUUUAAAGAAUUGUAUGUAAGCUAACAUGUUCCCUAAUUGUGUGUGUUUGUACAGUGCUCCUAUGACAGUGUCAUUACACAGGAAUCAGGGUCUCGCUGGAAACAAAAAGGAAAAAAACAAAGCAAGCGAUGAGAGAGACUGCCUGUCAGUAAUCAUCAGUGUAUUUUAAGGAUGAACGACAUGAUGGAAUAUUAAAAAAGAGAAGAAAAAUGUCAAGUUUUUUUUCCCCCUCAUUGCUUGCUGAUGUCAGUUUCUUUUCCCAAUUUUCAAAGAACCUUGUCAAAUUAAA